AUGGCCGGUAUUACCAGAUCAGUCAACCUCCUCUUGAGGAGCAGCAGGUCCUCCUUGUUGCGUCCUCGCGCUGCUAACCCAGUGCACCAUGUCCUCUCCAGCGAGAGAUACGCAGCUCGUUCUUUUGCGACUGCUUUCGAGCGAACCAAGCCCCACGUUAACGUUGGUACCAUCGGUCACGUCGAUCACGGAAAGACCACAUUGACUGCCGCCAUCACCAAACGCCAGGCUGAAAAGGGCCUCGCCAACUUCCUCGAAUACGGUGCCAUUGAUAAAGCUCCUGAAGAGCGAAAGCGUGGUAUCACUAUUUCCACCGCUCACAUCGAGUACUCGACCGACAACCGCCACUAUGCCCACGUCGACUGUCCCGGUCACGCCGAUUACAUUAAGAACAUGAUUACUGGUGCCGCCAACAUGGACGGCGCUGUUGUUGUCGUCGCUGCUUCUGAUGGUCAAAUGCCCCAAACCCGUGAGCACUUGCUCCUCGCCCGUCAGGUCGGUGUUCAAAAGAUCGUCGUCUUCGUCAACAAGGUUGAUGCCGUCGAGGACCCCGAGAUGUUGGAACUUGUCGAAUUGGAAAUGCGUGAACUCUUGACCACCUACGGUUUCGAGGGUGAAGAGACCCCUAUCAUUUUCGGAUCCGCUCUUUGCGCCUUGGAAGGCCGCAAGCCCGAGAUUGGCGAACAGAAGAUUGACGAGCUCAUGAACGCCGUUGAUACCUGGAUCCCCACCCCCCAGCGUGACCUUGACAAGCCCUUCUUGAUGUCCGUUGAGGAAGUUUUCUCCAUCUCUGGUCGUGGUACCGUUGCAUCUGGUCGUGUUGAGCGUGGUAUUUUGCGCAAGGAUUCUGAGGUUGAGAUUAUCGGAUACCAGAAGAACCCUAUCAAGACCAAGGUUACCGACAUUGAGACCUUCAAGAAGUCUUGCGAUGAAUCUCGUGCUGGUGACAACUCUGGCUUGCUUCUCCGUGGUAUCAAGCGUGAGGACAUUCGUCGUGGUAUGGUUAUCGCUGCUCCUGGAACCACCAAGGCUCAUGACAACUUCUUGGUCUCCAUGUAUGUCUUGACUGAGGCUGAAGGUGGUCGUCGUACUGGAUUCGGCGCCAACUACCGUCCUCAAGCUUUCAUCCGUACUGCCGAUGAGGCUGCUACUCUCAGCUUCCCCGGUGACGAUCAGUCCAAGCAGGUCAUGCCCGGUGACAACGUUGAGAUGAUCUUGAAGACACACCGUCCCGUUGCCGCCGAAGCUGGUCAGCGAUUCAACAUCCGUGAGGGUGGUCGCACCGUCGCCACUGGUCUUAUCACUCGUGUCCUUGAGCAGUAG